UGAACGCUGGGCGGGCGCGCUCUCUGACGUCUCCCAACACACAUCCCACUUACCUGGGUCGUUAGCCGGCCGGCCUGAGACCCCCUCCAGUGAAGGUGGACGGAAGGUGAAGGCGGACGGAAGAGCCCCUCUAAUCAAAUAGGACCGCCAGCUGUGGUGUGGAACAAGAUCACUGCCCCUGCCCCCCGGCUUUGCCCUGGAGCACAUGGAGCUGAGACCUGAUGCCAGCCACAAGGAGAAUGUGCCCCCCAGGCCGGCAACCUCCCUGAAGCCAGAGCCACGGAGAUUCCGGAAGAGCCUGGGUGUCGGCCUGGCCAGUAGACGUGGCCAGUGGGUGUCCAUGGGCCCGGCUGAGAGGGAAGGGCCUGCUGCCACACCGUGUCUGGGGACAGCACUACACCAGGAGCCUUGCCGAGUCCAGAGCAACCUGGCCAGCCCCAGCCCCAGCCUGGGCCUCGUCCUGAGGGACAUGACCGGCCGGCUGACCAACUCAAGCUUCCGGCAGCAGGACAACCUGCAGCCCUUGGUUGGGAGACCCCAAAGGAGAGUCCAAGACUUUGCGAUCCAGCAAAGUAACUUGUGUGCUAGGGAGACCCACACGGCUGAGUGUGGACGUCUCACCAGCCCCCAGCUCUGGUCAGAGCCUCAGGAGAGCUUCCGGCCCCACCUGAUGCCCCAGGGAAGCCCCCUACCCCAAGGGCCACUGGCUCGCCCAUCCUCCAGUCUGAGGCAGUCCUGGCUGCUGGCCACAGAUACCUCUUGCCCAGACAUCGGGCUUGCUACAGGGCUGGCCCCACUCAAAGGGCCCACAUGGUCAGACCCCAGAUCCCGGUGUGGCCUGGGGGGCUGGACCUCCAGGCUCGUGGGGAAACCCCUGACCCUGAAAGACCUGGCUGUCCCUGCCCAGAGCCUACCUCAGGCCCCAUCCCAAGCUGCCAUUCACCAGCUGCUGGUCUGCGUUCAACGCCUGGAGUGCCAGGCAGUGCGGCUCAGGUGCCAGGCAUCCCGGGAAUUCCCAGGCCCUGUGUGGCAGGAGCCUUGGACCAGAGCUGGCCAGACACUCCCUGUCCACCCCCAGCUCAGCCAGCCUGUUCUUGAUUCCUGGGAUGAGAGGAGGAGACACUCCCGAGGCCUCAGGGAAACUACUAGUUUCCCAGAGACUCCGGGGCCCCAGGAGGGUCUCUCAGACUCUCAGGCAAGCAGCAAGCAUGGAUCACUGGGGACCACUCUGGCGAUGCUGCCUGGGGAUGCCCUUGACCCUGAGCAGGUGGUCCUUUCUGCCUGCACCCUAAGGCAAGGAGAGCAAGGCUCCUCGGGGACUACACACGGCUGGGGGCAGAGGGGGGACCCCCUGCGCCCUCCAGGUGUGGACAGCAGGGAGGCCAGACUCUGCUCUUCAGCCUCAUCCAGUUCAGCCCAGGGCAUCCUCCCUGGGCGGGAAGGAGGGGGCAGGACCCCAAGGGAGCAGAUCAGCAGGGAGAAAGAAAGGCCAGCUUCCAGGAAUGCCCUGCAGAGCAAAGCCAGAAACACGGUGAACCUGCAGCCUGAGUUAGGCCGCUGGCAGUGGCUGUCCAGAUGUUUCAGAGCAUGGUGGCGCUGGGCACGGCGGCGGCGGACAGUGGCGGCGGCUGUGGCCCUGGGCCGGCGGCAGCUGUUACGCAGGGGUCUGCGGGCACUGCGGUGGGCACUGUGGCUCCGGGAGGCCCAGCUGGAGGCAGCAUGGGGGCAACACACACAGGCCUUGCUGGCCCGGACCUUCCAGAAGUGGAGACACUUGAUUCAGCAGCACAAACAAGGGCAGCCUCACGUCCAGGCUGGGCCAAGACCCCUGUCCUCCCGGGGAGACCAGGACCAAGGCCCCUCAGGAAGGAAGCCGGUGGUGGACGGUGCCUGGAGAAGCAGUCCAGGGAGUCUGAGAGAAGAGGCGGGAGCCCAGCCGAUCCCGUUGUGUGCUGGGCCGAGGCCAGAUGGAGGAGAUAGGGGAGUCCUGAUCCUGCAGACUCUGCACCAGCUGACUGUCUUCCUCCUGUGGUGUCAUCAGAAGGAAUGGGCCAGGCAGGAGGAGGGGGUCCAGGGAGAGGCCUCCCAGGCCACGCUGAGGACUCGGAAGAUAGGGAGGCCCCCCCACACCUGGCGCUCUCCUGCUGCAGGGGCAGCCUGGGUGGCCCUACUGGACCCUCAGCAUCGGAGAGCCUGUCUCUGCAGGUGCUUUGGGGCCUGGCAGCGUUUCGUGCAAAGAGGGACCCGGUACCGGGCCCAUGUGGCCAACCGCCAGGCAGGGACCCUGAGGACGUGCUUGCAACAGUGGGUGCAGAUGAAGCAGCUCCGGGCGUCAGAUGGAGCGAAGGUGGCCCAGCUGUCUCUUUGUUGGCAGAAGGCAGGGAACGUGGCCCACUUCAGCUCAGUCCCUGGAGGGGCCACAGUGCAUGGGCUGAGGCUGAUGGCCACGGCGCGGGUGCUGCCCCAGGAGCAAGGCUGGGGCUCCCUGCAGGAAGCCUGCUGGAGGCUGGCCCUCCAGCGGGUGCUGCUGCUCUGGAGGACGCGGCUGUCCCAGCGCCAGCGGGCGGACUCCUUCUUCAAGGGCAUGCAGUGGCGGGCACUGCGGCAAAUCCUGAGGGACUGGCGCCUGAGAGCACGAGAUGCAGGCAGCGCCAGGAUCACCUCAGCCCCAGAUCCGCUGGGCGGCACCCUGGGAGGGGAGGCCCCGCCAGGCCACAGUACACACCGGAGAAGCUCCUGGGACAAGGCUUCCAGGGCCCCUGCCCUCCUGGAGAUGCUCCGGUUGAGCUUUCUGUGGGCAGCAGGUCGGCGACAGCAGGGGCAAUGCCUUCUGCUCUGGCGGGCACGGGCCCAGCAGUCCAGGGACACAGCGAGGUGGCACCAGAGCAAGCUUCAGAGGCGCAUCCUCCUUGACUGGAGCCACUGGGCAAUAGCCCAAGGGGCCCGGAGAGAGCUGGCUGCCCGCUGGGCCUGGGAUCGGAGGGGCAGGGCCGCCCUGGGCCUGUGGCGGCAGCGGCUGGUACAGCGGCGGGAGGUGGAAUGGCGGGCCCGGGAACGGGGCCGGAGACUGCAGCGACGUGCCCUGGGCCACUGGCACUGCUACUGGCAGAGACAGGUGUUCCUGCAGGAGAAGUGCCAGCGGUGGGUGCAGGCCCGCCUCCAGGGCCUGCGGAGGGCCGUAUUCUGGGGCUGGCAGCAGGCGGCAGCUCGCCGGAGACCCGCGGCGGCCAGUCCAGAGCAGCUCCUAAUGCAGAGACACUUCCAGGCCUGGUGUGGAGUCGUGAAAGCCUCCUGGGCCGAGCGUCCAGCCUUCCAAGAUGGUCUGAGGAGACGGAUACCCGGGGCCACAUUUGCCAGUGAGGCCCAAGCGGCCACAGCCCAGCCUCGGGAGCUGUGUGUGGCCCGAGCCUCCUGCUGGAGAAGCCAAGAGCAGGGCUGCCAGGCAGACAGGCAGCUGAGGAGGACCUGGGCCCAGCAGGCCUUCGUUGCAAGGCAAGUGGCCCUGGGCCAGUGUUGCAAGGCCCAUCGGCAGGCAGGAGAGAGCUCCAGGGCCCAGGCCCUUUGCUGGAUGCUGUGGGCACGUGAGUCCUGCCAGCACCGAGUCCUUCGAGACCAUGCUGUCCCGACUCUGAGCGCCAGGAUCCUAGAGACCUGGACCCAAUCAGCAACUCGGGGCCACGUCCAGCAAACUGCCAUCACCCACUUCCAGCAGGCUGGGCCCAGGCGCUUCCUUCGAACCCACUGGGCCCAGUGGCGGACAGCGCUGCUCAGAGUGUGGCUAGAACCACAGGCCUACGAGGCCAGCUCAGCCCACCUGGCCAGGCCCAGGGCCAGCCUCCGACGCUGGCGUGGGCUGGCCGCCAGAGGGCGUCUCCUGGUGCUGAUGAACCCUCCAGCCCUGAAGAGGCAGACCCGCAGCUGCAGGCCAUGGGCCAUGGGGCCCAGCCCAACCCAGCACCGCAGCCCCAGUGGACGGAUGCGGGGAGAAGUGUCCUGGGCUCAGAGAGACUUGGGCAGCUGUGGUGGAAGCAGGGACACUGGCUUCAUUCGCUCAACACCAUUUCUUGUGCACCCUUCUCUUACAGUUCAACCUCCAGAAGCACCGGAACGACUCCAGCUGCAGGGGCCCGGGUGUGCCUGCUGGGCCCCAGGCCAGCGCCCUGUGGGGCCAAGAGGGGACUGCAGCUCCGAGAUCAGAGACCUCGAGGGCCCGGCUGCGCCGGCUGCAGAGCUCCCAGCAGGCCAGGCUCCGGGCAGCCAUGUGGCAGCGCUGGGUAGAUGCUCAGGGGGCAGAGAGGCUGGCAUGGACACUCAUGACAUCUCCUUGUCACAACCCCGUCCCCCCCCCACCCCGUCCCCCAACCGGGGCUUUUGGCCUGGGACAAAGGGAAGGGCCCCCUCUCCCCUCAGGGGUGCAGGUGGGGAGAGGCAGCGGAGGGGCUGGGGGCUGCCAGGGACAGCGGUGGGCCCAGCUCGGGGCCUCCUUGUGACUGUCCCUACAGCUCAGGCAGUGGCACCUGAGAUGGGCCUGGCGACUGUGGCGGGGGCGCAUCCUGCAGUUACAGGUGGCUCAGCGGUUACAGCGACAGGAGGACGGCUGGGUCCUUUCCCAGGUACCGGCAGGCUGCCCCAUCCCCAGCAAGCCCUUCCCAACAGGGCCACACCUGCGCAUUCCCGAGCUGCGCCCUCCCUGGUGGCUGUCCUCAGAGACUCUCCGUUUCAGGGAGGGGUCAAUUCAGAGAAAACAACCUGGGCCUUUAACAAGUGGCACCAGUGUCUGGCAGCCAGGGCGUUGAGGGCCAGAGCCAGCAGCAGCAUGAGGCCCUGGAGCAAGACAGGCCUCAGGAGGCCUGGAAGCAGGCCGGAAGCUGCCAGAGCCCCAGCACUGGGUGGACCUGGGGCGGAGAAGGGGGCCCAGCUGCAGCUGUGACAUGCUCUCAUGGAAAGGAAAACAAAUCGGAGCUCCACCCAUCUGCGGAGUGCAGGCUCAGGCCACAGAGCGCCCAGGCCAAGAGCUCUGAAGGACAAUAAAACGCCCUCCUUAACUCCA